CCUACAGCCCUCAUGUGUCGUUGGACUGCAAAUCCCAGCAGCCUCUGACAGUGUGGUCAACUGAGAGGAAUGCUGGGGGUGGCAGUCCAAACAUGACUGGAGGGAGAGAGGUUGUAGCGGAAGGAGAAGCCCUUCUUUGUUGGAGCCUUGAGUUUCCCUUCCUUUCCCUACAGUUUCUGGGGAGAGAGGAGCUCCCCUGGGCGGACAGCAGCCUGGAAGUGCAGAGGGGGAGCCUGACGUCCUCCGAGAGAGCAGAGAGCAGCUUCCUCUCGGAGAAGAGCCCAACUCCGCUGCAGAACAAACUACCCAAAGACUUGGGCUCAAAGGAAGUUGGGAUCCCUUCUGAGUUGUUCCUGCCGGAGUGGGUGGCCCUGGACCUCAAUACAGAGAGUGUCAACGAGCUCUCUCAGAAGAUGGACUCCGACGAGGCAACGCUGGCAGACAUCGCCAGCCUGGAGGAUGAGGUGUGGGACCCUCCCCCCAGUUCAAGCAGUUCCCUGAGCCACGAGGAAGCCGUAGACAUGGCCCUUCACCCUCGGAGGUGGUCCUCCCUGGACCCAGAGCAGGUAAGGCCCAGAGUUCCCCCCGGCCAGGCCUGGGACCACCAUCCAGGAGGCAUUGCCCAAUGCCUUCCUCAGGAGAUGAAGAGGGGCCUCCUGCAGAGACCUUCCGGGUGGCAGGUUCGUCCCAGAGAAAUCCGGCCUUCAGGUAGGCUGCUCUUCUCGGAUCUCGUUCGUCACCUGGUGGUCUCUCUGGCCACUGGAAAGGCGAAAGAACACCUGCAUCGUCUUUGCCAGCUGGUCUGCAGUCCCUCCUCUGCAGAGGCCAUGCAGGCAGUGGACUACGUGGCCCGCAAACAACUCAAGAUGGCCACGGACCACUUUCUGGAGUCCAAUGGGAGGCCUUGUGGUGAAUUAGUAUGCGCCGUACUAAAUUCUCAGUAUUGUUGCCUGGAGGCGGCGCUGGACCUGUUCCUGGCCAAGGUGAAGGAGGGCCCUUGGCUAGCCCAGGAGGGCGAGGAACAGGGCGGCCCUACUUGGGAUGCGGCCACGGCAAGAGCGACACGGGCCAUCGGCGGGAUCAUAAAGCACAUCAGGGACAGCACUCGCCUGGAGGAGUGGUUCGUGGAGCUUCUGCUCGCCUUGGUGACCAACUUCAUCGAGGUCACAAGGCCUGGGUUGGAGGUGCCCAGCAGGAACCGGAGCAGCAGCUACGUUCCUCCAGUGUAA